AUGGGACAGUGUGCAAGCCUUGUGCUACAACUGUCACAACCGGUUGCCGCGGCCAGCAUUCUGAACGGUGAAAUGAUCAUGGCACAUAUCAUGCAUACGGCCCAAUUUUUUUGCUUUGGAGCUGCUGGGUUCGUCGCUGGUACAUCUUGUGCGUUGGCAUGGCAUGAGCUUGCACACGUCGCAGCGGCGUGGGCCCUGGCGCUCUAUCCAGAUGUCGCCAGUGUAAUUUCAUCGGCCUCAGCUCGCCAAAGUGGCUGGAUUGCGAGCGCGCUUCUUGCUCUUCUGGCCUGCUACACGGCUGCCACCGUUGCACCAAUGACUUUGUCGGGGCCAGUGCCCGCAGCCUCAGCUAGUACGGCAAUUGGGGAUGCAGCGGCGUCAGCGGCCCUGUACGGCGCCACAGCUGCAAGCUUGAUCGUCCUCCUCGGCGCCGUGGCCUCCGAUCUACUAGGACUGGAACCCGCGUCGGCGGAGACGGCUUCCGCCACCGCCGCUGUGUACGAGAAACGGAUCUGCCGUACCAACAAUAACCACCAUGGCGGUGGCGUCACGCCGGCGAUGCUGGUAUGCUUCUUCUGUGGCAAUAUCGGCCUGCUGGUCGCGGCAGCGGCGGGAAGCGCCGUGGAUAUGAUGUCCGUGUUGCGUUCCCAGGUUGCCAUUUCUUCGCAACGAGGAGCCCAGUCGGGUGGCCUGGUGACGUUAGUAGAGUCGUCUCCGGGCGACGGCGGCCGAGGCGGCGGCGGCCACACCCGCUUCGCCACCUCUUCUCAGCCGUCGGAAGGGGAGUCUCAUCCACAUCAAUGGACGCCGCCCUUCAACACCUCCGUCUGGCGCACCCAUCCGACAACCGGACGGCUGGAGGCAGCUGACGAGAAGUUCGGAGUUUGGAUCACACAUAACGGCGACUUUGAUUUUUGGAAGCUGAUGGGGCAGGACCGCACCCACCACGAGGUCGCCGCCUUCUUGACGGCCGCACUGGGCACGCCCAGCCCAGCAAAGUGUGACAGCGUCCGUGUGGCAGGCAUGAUUGAGCUGCUGCGCACGCAGGGCCUGUGGUACCCUUCCCUAAGGUUGGCCUACUACGACACCGCAGUGUCGUGCACCUUUGCGGAUGUCGUGGCGUCGGCCGAACCGUCCAACGCCUCGAAGCAGGGAGGGGCUGGAGCUGGUGCGCGCAACGCCGACGCCGAGGGCGGCCGCAGCCACCGCGUGGCGACCCGAGCAGAGCUCCAGGCGCUGGCGGCCGCGCUGGAGGUGGCGUUUGCGCGCCUGAUCGCCAACAUCGAGCCUGACGACCCAGCCACGCUGGUCCUGCCACAACUGCAUGAUGAUGACGUCACCUUGGUCGGCGGCGGCGGCGGCGGCGGCAUCCCGAGCAAAGGCGGCGCUCACACCGCACACCACCAUCACGGCAACGCAGUUGCCGGGAACGGUAGCUUGUACGGCACGGGCCAUGUCGUACACGGUGUCCGAGGCGGCGGCACGGUUGACGGGGGUGCUGGCGAGAUUUAUAAGGAGGGUGCGAUGAAUGGCGGAGGUCGGGGGCUGGUUGGCUUUGGAGUGAGUGGCGGCAUUGGCGGCGGCCGCCCUAAUGUGUUGGCGACGGAGGAUGCGACGGCGGCGGGAGGGGGAGGCGGCCAAGGUGACGACGGCAAUGGCAACGGCGCCGACGGCGAGGACGACGGCGAGGGUACAGCGGCGUUCCUGCGCGAACGCCGGCCGAGCUUUGAUGGGCUGGUGGCAGACGGCGAGCGUUCGCUGGCGGGCGCCGUGCUGGCGGCGACGAUGCGGGCUGUCGUACAGCGUGCUGCUCAUGAGCACCAUGGGCAUAGUGUAUACGGAAGCGUGUACGGCAGUGGUCAUGGAAGCAUGCAUGGCGACGCAGGCCAUAUGGGACAUAUGGCCCAUAUCGGCCAUGUCGCCCAUGCUGGCGGCGUCGCGCUGCCUCCCGAAAUACACGUACAGCGCGGCUCGCUCGACGUUCGACAUCGUUCCGGAAUGGUGUCGGGUAUUUCGACGGGUCAAUCCGUACAUCCGACGCAGUACAAGGACCAGUCUGCCGGUCACGUACAUAACAACGGUUUCGGAGGACCGGUGACCGGCAAGGAUCGCGGUACGGCGCAUGCGUACGACAUACCGACCAAGGGUAUCCACGCUACUGCGGCUACAGGCGCUCAUGCCGGUAAUGGAUCGGCUCCUGCUGCAGCAGCACAUGGCCAAGCUGGGCGCCCGGAUAUUCCAGGUAUUGUAGGGCACUGGAUCUGGCACCUAGGGCCUACCCUACCCUGCGCUACCCUACCCUGGCAGAAGGGCCAUUCAGAGGAAACCUCACCCGGCUGGCCCGCCUGGCGCGCAACCGUACCGUCCCUGGAGCGUCUCAUCCGUACGACGCUGUCGUACUUUGUGGCCAACGAUCUAUACACAGCGUCGUGCCGCUUCCUUAAACACGCCAAGGGCUCCUUCGGCCUGGCUAUCGUAUGCUCCCUGGAGCCGGACAGGCUCUGCAUGGGCGCCUGGGGACAGCCAAUGGCCAUGAGCUUCAGCCAGGCCCACCAUGCCGUACUGUACGGCUCCGAGACGAACUGUGCCAUGAUCCCGAUCGCCACGCGGCCCGGGGUAUCACCGGCGGGAGAGGUCAUCAUUGGCGGCGCAGGCGGCGGCGGCGGCGGCGGCGGCGACAGCAUGCACCAACACUACCGUCGAGUGCCGGUCCGCCAUAUUGAGGCUCGUCACACGGACACAAUCAUGUUGAACGGCUCAACUGUGGAGGUCAUUCGGGAUUCCUCUCGUCACGGAAGCAUCUACGCUGGAAACAACCUCGCCAGUGGCGGCGUCUGCGGCGCGGCUGGAUGCGGCGGAGCUGCCGUACAGCCCUACGGCGCCGCCAUCAACGGCGCCGCCGUCAACGGCUACAACCAGACGCCUGCGAACGCCGGAAUGAACUACAACAUGCACUAUAACACCAACAUGCCGGUGCCGUACAACUUCCACGGCCCAGCGCACGGUGGUGGCGGCGGCGGCGGCGGCGGCGGCGGUGGCGGUGGCGGGCCCCGCCAUAACACAUACGCUGCUGCUUAUACGGGACCCGCUGCGGGUGGCGGCGGCGGCGGCGGCGGCCGUCAUGGUGGCGGGCGACCCCCUCGAGUUCCGACGGGUCCUUCGACGGGAACUGCCAGGCGGGGCCAGCCGCUCGGAGAGUCCUUGGAGCCCGUGGGCGGAGCGGCGCGGCGCCGCGACCCGCGGGCGAUGGCGCCGCCAUCGCCGCCAGCCGCAGCGGCAGCGGCGGCGGCAGGUGGCGGCCGAGGGGCUAGUUCCCGGGCCACCGCCGUCAACGCAAAGAUGGGCAGGGACGUAUUUCAUGCCGUGGAGAUGCGGGACUCAGGAAGAGGCUUUAACGAAAACGGUUGUAGCUGGUCGCCAACACCAGAGGGGCCCCCGUGCACGUACGGCACCUGCGGUCGCUGCGGUGCAGCGCUGCCGGAGGCAUCUGUCGUGGUGGAGAUGGCGCCCGCGGACAUCAUGGACGAGGUGGUUGUGGACAACGGUUGGGGCCCCGCAUUCGCCACACACCGGAUUGACAUCGAUGAGGGCAGCGGGGAGAUGAUGCAGCUCGUCCUAACGGACCCAACCGACCCGGCUUCCGCCGUGGACAACGCUGACGCCUGGUGCAUGUUCCGUGUACACCCCUUUGUACGGCUGCGUGUGUUCCAGCUGAGGACGGAACGCAUCGUACAGCUGGUCAACAAUCCGUACAUCACCUUUUCCCCCUCCCUGGACCUUACCCCGGGUCGGGAUUACGUGGCGGACGACCUCGCGGAUGUUACUCGGGUGCUUGGGAUCGUACGAGACACCUGGACCGACCCCGGCUCUCUGAACCGCCAAACUGCUGAGGAGCUGUUCCAAAUGUUGGACAAGCUGGUGGAGCGACCCGGAGUGGACGUUCUCAUCACCGGCGUGGAGUCCUCAUUGUGGAUUGCUGAACAAUGGGCGGGGGAUUUAAAACUGGUCUUCCCACAACUUUCCGUACAGGCAGUCAGCGCGAACAAGCGUGCUCUGGAGCCUCACGGCUCACGACGCGCGCGCAUGCAGGUGAUCAGUGUGCUGGGUAACGCCCGCGGCCGCAUUCCCCCCACCGGUUCCACCUUCUGCCGCUCCUCCUCCUCCUUCCUGGCGGACCAUCACACGCUGUGUAUCGCAGUCAGCCAGUCCGGACAAACCUUCCCCACCAUCCACGCAUCACGCAUCCUCAAUCAGCUCCUCCCCGGCCGGGUUUUCGCGCUGUGUGGCUCUAUCGACACAAAGAUGGCUCUGGCCCUGGGACAGCGAGUGGCGGCUCACUCACCCUUCACCCGCCGUGUGCUUACCUCUUGUGCCGGCGGCCGCUGCGCGGAGCCCCCCUCGAUCGUGUGCGUGGCGCUGCACCAGACACUCAGCGAGCUCUUGGCCUUCCUGGUGGUCCGCAUGCGCAUGACGAGUGUGUGUGCCUCCGGUCGCCCCCUCGGAAUGAUACUCACCAAAGACGACAUGGUGGACCUCAGGGCCGUCCGCGACCGCUUCAUCGACGUUAGUGCACCCCAGCUGACCGGUCGCGACGCGGAGGGGAAGCCCUUUGAGUCCCCCCACCACCGUAACCUGGUGGGCCAGGGCCGCAGGUGGGCACUACAUGUCAUCGAGUCCCCGACUGCCUGGGUGCUCAGCCUCAUCCACAUCUUGGCUACGGUGGUGUCCGGGUGGCCCGUGCUGUACUCAGUGGCACAUGGCAUCUGCCUGCUAGUGAAGGCCAGCGAGCCCAUUGACCUGGCGGUGUCCAAGGUUGCGCUCGCGGUGGACUCAGUCGCGUACAUGUUCCUGCCCAUCAUCUAUGCAGUGAUACUGCGGAUCAUCCAGAGGAGACCGAUAUGGCACCGCAUGGGCAAACGUACGAUUGUGGUAGCGGAUGUGCCGUACGUCCACCAGAUCAUCGAGACGUUCGUGUCCAAGAUGUAUGCGUUAUCGUACGGCAUCGCCUCCGUGGAGGUGCAUGGCGCCAACCCCGUGGACCACUUCGUCCAUCGCUUCACUCACCGGGUAGUUCGUGGUCUCCUCAUCGCCCUGGGCCGCCCCGACGGCCGCCUGUACUCCCAGACCAAGAGCGAGAGCUGGGUGCUGCUGGGCCUACUGCAGGCCAAGGCGAGAUGGGGGGAAGAAGGAUGGUGA